AUGAAGAUCUGUGUGGCAAUAUUAUCAAUCGCCCUCCUUCUGGGUAACUCUGUCAAGCUCCGAGCUUCCGUUACUGGGCCGGUUCCCUCGGAUGGCGAUGGUCCUGCGUCUCAGGUGUGUCAGCAGUGCUGCCAGGGACCUGCUGCAAUACCCGGCAUACCAGGUCUGCCUGGGCCAGGAGGACCGAUGGGGCCGUACGGUCAGCCGGGGUCAAAGGGCGAUGUAGGUGAGAAAGGUCACAAAGGUGAGAUUGGACCUAUGGGUGAGCGGGGAGCACCUGGUAACACUGGGUCUAAAGGUGAUUAUGGGAUUGGCCUACCCGGCAAGGUAGGUCCAAGGGGGCUACCUGGUUUUGUUGGAGGAACUGGGGAAACUGGUGUCAAAGGUCAGAAGGGUGAGACAGGGGAGACACCAGACGACUCCAACCAGCGGGUAGCAUUCACCGUGGUGAGGACGAGCAGCUCGGAUACCUAUACGAGUCACGACACCCGUUUGCCCUUCCAGCAAACCGAGACCCUUCUACCGGGUACCAGCUUCGAUCUGGGCACCGGUACGUUUACGUGUAGUUUGCCGGGUACCUACGUAUUUACGUUUUCUGUUCUUAAGUAUAGCACCAGCGGUUCCCUUGAAAUCCAUCUUGUAAAAAACAGCUACAAGGUGGUCACAGCAUAUGUGGUACAAAAUCAACGUGAACAUGUGUCUGGGAGCGCGGUGUUGGUUCUGCAGCGAGGAGACGCUGUGUAUAUGACUAUGUACGGUAAGGCGUAUGGUAGUCGAACCUAUCACCACACCUCAUUCAGUGGUUUCCUCCUUUACCCCGAAUAA